GGGAGGAUAGGAUAGGCUGGGGAAUUUGAUUGAAGCCAAUUCUCAGAGCAGAGCAGAGCAGCUCGUGAGUUUAUUGGUGACGUCCUCGCAUCUACAGCCUUCCUGAACGCGACAAAUCUUCAGGUCGUGUGAACUCGGGUGCCACCCUCUCUCCUCCAUUUCUUCCCCUCCCUUCUCUUUCUCUCUCUUUCACGGACCUGCGCAGAUUUUGUGCCAUUAUCAGGUUCGCAGUGCAAUUUAAAUACUCUCAGCUCUACUUCUGAAAUUUUUUGAAGCAACAAAUUUUGAGUUUUCUCCGUGGUUGAGUCUGGUGGGGAUGCAUAUGUGAUUUGGGCAGUUGUUUGACAUACAAUAAUAUAGUGCUGAGAUUCUUUACGGGUCAUCGCAAUCCUACUAGGACAUCCCCAAAUCAAUUAGUUGGUUUUUUUGUUACUUUCGCCACACCAUGCCACUCGUGCAGAAGCUGUAUAAUGCUUGCAAAGAGUCCUUCUCUCCGAAUGGUCCUAUGUCAGAAGAAGCUCUUGAGCAAGUCCGUGCAAUUUUAGAUGAAAUGAAGCCUUCUAAUGUGGGUCUCGAACAGGAAGCACAAGCAGCACGCGGAUGGAAAGGUUCUGUGCACAGUAACAAUGGGAGAAAGGGCCGUAACGGCACUCAUCAGUACCCUCCUACAAUCAAAUAUCUGCACUUGCAUGAAUGCGACAGAUUCUCUAUUGGAAUAUUCUGCAUGCCACCUUCCUCUAUUAUUCCCCUCCAUAAUCAUCCCGGAAUGACUGUGUUGAGUAAGCUUUUGUAUGGAUCAUUGCAUGCCAAGUCAUAUGACUGGCUCGAUUUACCUGGACCAUCUGAUCCAACUCAAGCGAGACCUGCAAAACUGGUUAGAGAUUGUGAAAUGAGCGCACCCUGUCACACAACAAUUCUUCAUCCUAGAAGUGGUGGCAACAUCCAUUGUUUUAAAGCCUUGACUCCCUGUGCUCUAUUCGAUGUUCUGACACCACCUUACUCUUCGGAAGAUGGUCGACAUUGUUCUUAUUUUAGGAAAUCGCCCAACAAAGAUCUACCUGAAGGUAUCGAUCAGUUGUGUAGAGUAACACCCUCCGAUGUCAUCUGGUUAGAAGAGGUCCAACCUCCUGAAAGCUGUGUGGUUCGGAGGGGGCUGUACAAGGGUCCGAUUAUCAGAACUUGAGGGUCCGUGCUGGAUUUACCUUACCAUUUGUUAGAAUGGCUUCGAAGAAGCCAUUGAGAAAUUCUGGGAGAUUGGCCAUUAGCUGCUUGGAAAUAAUUACUGUUACCAGCUCUUUGAGGCAUUUGGCUUGUACAUAUUUAUCAUAUAUUGGUUGAGUUAUUUGAUUUCAUGACCUCACUGUUGGUGGAAUGGGAAUUAAAGGAACCUGUUUCUAAGUA